UGGACAGCUUUGCACAGGAGCAGUUUUUGCAUUUGGAGUUACACAUACAGACUGGUGAAGAAAAUUAAUUAGGAGCUUGUGCAUAAUGUAAAAAAAGGGGAAAAUGCGGGCCUAGAACUAACAACACCUUUCCUGAUGGAUAUAGGUUGAUAUAAUGUCAACAAAAUCUUGAGUCAGUGAAAAGCUAGAAUAGACGGACCGGCCGCCUCUCGGUAGAUCAAGAGACACAUAGAGAAUAGCAUAAUUGGUACUUUUGAGAGGUUUUACUAGUUGUAUUAUAAACUGCGAAUGCGCGAAGUUUUCAGCCACUAAUUCUGUGUACCUACCUAACCUAGAUCUCUGUCCGUUACCUAUGCUGUUAUGUCGUUUUAUUCUGUGAAAAUAACAUGGUUUUCUUCAUAUUGCCUUUAAAGUUGUUUAAAGUUGCUAUUUAGCAAACUGUACCAAUUCAAGAAAUUCGAAGCCGGAAAAAUUUCAAAUAGAAUGAGUGACACUACAAAUCGCAGGGCGAAUUUUUCUAAUAUUCCUCAAAAUGGGGUGAACAGGAACUUGAAUUUGUUGAUCAAACCGACUGCUGCUAAGAAACUCAUCAUCAAAAAUUUAAAAAGUGCUCCUAAAUUACCUGAAGAUUACACCGAACAAACAUGGGAAAAGCUAUGCAGUGCCGUUCUAGCUAUUCAGCAGUCAAAACCAAACCAAUACUCCCUGGAAGAAUUGUAUCAGGCAGUAGAAAAUAUGUGCAACCACAAAAUGGCUCCUACAUUGUACAAAAGACUCUACAAUUUAACGGAGCAACAUGUAGCCCACAACAUAGAACAGUUUUUAGCAGAAUCCAUGGAUAGAUUUUUGUUUCUUAAGAAAAUGAAUGAAACAUGGUUAGCUCAUUGCAAUCAAAUGAUAAUGGUUCGAAGCAUAUUUUUAUAUUUGGACCGAACAUAUGUUUUGCAAAAUUCAAACAUUUUAUCGAUUUGGGAGAUGGGUUUGGAAUUAUUUAGUAAAUGUAUCUUGCGCAAUACUUUAGUUCAGACACGGGUUGUUGAAGGACUUUUAAUGCUCAUUGAGAAAGAAAGACAAGGUGAUAAAAUUGAUCGUACUCUUCUUAAGUCACUUUUGCGUAUGCUCACAGACCUGCAAAUAUAUGACAAAGCUUUUGAACAGAAAUUUCUUCAAUCCACUGAACGGUUAUAUGCUGCAGAAGGUCAGAGACUUAUGCAGGAAUUGGAUGUUCCUGAUUAUUUAGCUCAUGUUGAUAAGAGAAUAAAUGAGGAAAAUGAAAGAGUAUUGCAUUAUCUCGAUAUAAGCACCAAGUGCCAGUUGAUUCACACAGUUGAAAAGCAAUUACUCAGUGAGCAUGUAACCAACAUUCUUCAAAAAGGUCUGGAUCUACUGUUAAGUGAAUUUCGAUUAACUGAUUUAUCAUUGUUGUAUAAUUUGUUGAGUCGUGUUAAAAAUGGCCUUGUUGAACUGUGCACAACUUUUAAUGCCUACAUCAAAAAGCGAGGACGAACCAUUGUAAUUGACCCUGAGAAAGACAAAACAAUGGUUCAAGAGUUGUUGGAUUUUAAAGAUGCUAUGGACAAUAUUGUGGUUACUUGCUUUCACAAAAAUGAGAAGUUUGGCAAUUCUUUAAAAGAGGCCUUUGAACAUUUUAUCAAUCAAAGGACCAACAAGCCAGCCGAGCUCAUUGCAAAAUUUGUGGAUUCAAAACUUCGUGCAGGUAACAAGGAAGCCACAGAAGAAGAGCUGGAGCGACUUUUAGACAAAAUUAUGGUACUUUUUCGUUUUAUUCAUGGGAAAGAUGUAUUUGAAGCAUUCUACAAAAAGGAUCUUGCCAAAAGACUGUUGGUUGGUAAAUCUGCUAGUGUUGAUGCUGAAAAGAGCAUGUUGAGUAAGCUCAAGCAAGAGUGUGGAGGUGGUUUUACAUCCAAGCUUGAGGGAAUGUUUAAAGAUAUGGAACUUAGCAAGGAUAUCAAUGUUGCUUUUAAACAAUACCUAAAUAUUAAUACUCGCGAUUUGCCUCCUAUAGAUAUGACUGUUAAUAUUUUAACCAUGGGUUAUUGGCCCACCUAUCAUCCUAUGGAAGUGACUCUGCCCGAUGAGAUGGUGAAGUUUCAGGAUAUAUUUAGGGAUUUCUAUCUAAGCAAACACAGUGGUAGAAAACUGCAAUGGCAACCGACUUUAGGACACUGUGUUUUAAAGUCAAGAUUUAAAACUGGGCCUAAGGAAUUGGUUGUUUCAUUAUUUCAGACACUUGUGAUUUUAUUAUUUAACAACUACGAUGAACUAUCGUUUGAUUAUAUCAAAGAAGUGACCAAUAUAGAAGAUGGGGAACUACGAAGAACUUUACAAUCCUUGGCAUGCGGUAAAGCUAGAGUACUGAAUAAAAUUCCCAAAGGAAGAGAUAUUUAUGACAAUGAUAGGUUUAGAUUUAAUAACGAGUUUACAAAUAAACUGUUUCGAAUUAAGAUUAAUCAAAUUCAAAUGAAGGAGACAACCGAAGAGCAGAAAGCUACUGAGGAGAGAGUCUUUCAGGAUCGUCAAUAUCAAAUUGAUGCAGCUAUAGUGAGAAUAAUGAAAAUGCGUAAAACACUAAGCCACAAUCUCCUCAUAAGCGAACUGUACUUGCAACUCAAAUUCCCUGUGAAGCCCGCAGAUCUAAAAAAGCGUAUCGAGUCUCUGAUAGAUCGAGAUUACAUGGAAAGGGACAAAGACAACCCCAAUCAGUAUAAUUACGUCGCUUAAAACAAACUUAGUGAUUUCGAGCCUUGGUGUGUAUUCAUAAGUUUGUUCGAGUUAAGUAAUAUUCAAUAAUUUCUAGUCCAGUAAAAACCCGGCCUCUUUUCACGCAGUCUACCUAGCCAGCAAAAUUGUUCGUUUCUAUCCAAUUUAUAAAGCGUCCAAAAAUUUUUUUUAAUAAGCCAUUGGGAUUAUUUUUGUUUUUGGACUAGCUUUGGACAAGCAUAUUUAAAUUAUUCCUUUCGUAAGAAUUCACACGGGGCCUCUGUAGAUCUUGCUCUACAAGUUUCAUUGAAUGGUUUUAAAUCAAUUUAAUUUAAGCGAUGGUUAUAUCGCGAAAGCUGUUUAAACGCAUUGUUUGUAUAUUCGUAAUGUUGUACAUACAUCAUUUCCUUUUCAUGUUGAUUGUAUAUAACUGUAACCGCUCUAGAUAAAAUUGACAGUUUCCUGGAUUGUAAAUUUUAUAGCAUCACCCGUUUUGGAAAUUUGUGCGAUAUAAAUCAUAAAACUUGUGUUGAAUGACAAGUACGUACUUUCCAAUAAUCAGGUUUAAUUUUCGGUCACAUAUUUUUGCAGUUUGAACAGUUUUGUAACUUAAACUUUAAAUAUAUUAAUAUUUCAGUAGAACGUUUUUUUUUUUGUA